AAUUUAACGACCGAACCCAGACCGCGACCGAAAAACUGAAAAUUCACUACACUCGCACUCAGUCCGUUUCAAGUAGUCGCGGAUCGAGGGUGCGGCGCGCGCGCAUUUCCGCACAUCCACAAAACAUUUAAGAACCAACCAACCAACCAUCCUUUUUAUUAUUUUCUUUCUAAUAAUUCGAUUACGACCCUGCUCCGUUUUCUCUCUUAUUAUAUAUAGGACGGGCGUUCGCUUUGAGGGCCUUUUCGUCGCGUUAAAAUUGUAAUACGGACACCCCCUCUUUAUAUUUUUACUUGGAAAGGACCCGUACCGCAUUACAACUUACUGUAAACGUGUUUCAAAUAUUUAAGUGUUCCUAUUAUCAUUAUUUUUUUUUCUAUAAGCGUUCUGAAUAGUGAGUGUUUCCAUUGUGCUCCUUUUGGAUAGAAUCAUACGCGUUUUUAUUGGAAGCUUACUUGGAUAUUUUUGAUCGGAUCCGACAUGGACCCUAACCCAUGCAACUAACAAAAAACGAUGCAGUGAUAAAGUCGAAAACGUCAAGCGCCUCCUGAAUUUUGCGUUCGAUUAUCAAUUUGAUGGCUGUUGUGGGGCCGAGCUGCCACACCAGGGUGUCCAUGUCCGUGUCCAUGAGCCUGAUGCAGGGUAGCGCAGGGGGACCAGCCGCCGCCACUGCCGCCCAACAGGGGGGCGGCGGCGGUUUGCACGCCGCCCAACCCUACUAUCAUCCCCAACACGCCGCCACUCCCGCUCACACACAAGAACAAGUACAGCCAGACAGGCCCAUCGGUUACGGAGCUUUCGGAGUUGUGUGGGCCGUGACUGAUCCGAGAGACGGCAGACGGGUCGCCCUGAAAAAGUUACCAAAUGUGUUCCAGUCACUAGUGUCUUCAAAACGAGUGUUUAGGGAGUUAAAAAUGUUGUGCUUUUUCAAACACGAAAACGUCCUUUCUGCAUUAGAUAUUCUACAACCUCCUCAUCUAGACUUCUUCCAAGAAAUAUACGUAAUAACGGAAUUGCUACAAAGCGAUUUACAUAAAAUCAUAGUUUCCCACCAGCCACUCUCGUCGGACCACAUAAAAGUUUUCCUGUACCAGAUACUUAGAGGUUUAAAAUAUUUACACUCCGCGAGGAUAUUACAUAGGGACAUUAAACCGGGGAAUCUCUUAGUCAACAGCAACUGUGUUUUAAAGAUCUGUGAUUUUGGUUUGGCGAGGGUGGAGGAACCCGACUCGUCGAAGCACAUGACCCAAGAGGUCGUAACCCAAUACUAUCGGGCCCCAGAAAUAUUGAUGGGAGCGAAACAUUAUACUGGGGCAGUGGAUGUGUGGUCCGUCGGUUGUAUAUUUGGAGAGUUGCUAGGUCGGCGGAUAUUAUUCCAGGCUCAAAAUCCCGUGCAACAGCUCGAACUAAUCACCGAACUUCUCGGCACCCCAUCGCUAGAAGAUAUGAAAUACGCGUGCGAAGGUGCGAAAACGCAUAUGCUCAGAAGGGCUCCGAAACCCCCGAGUCUGUCUGCUCUCUACACCCUCUCAUCCCAAGCCACCCACGAAGUCGUCCAUUUAUUGUGUCAAAUGUUGGUGUUCGAUCCCGAUAAAAGGAUAUCGGUAGUGGACGCGCUCGCCCAUCCAUAUUUAGACGAAGGUAGGUUGAGGUACCACUCGUGCAUGUGCAAGUGCUGCUACACGACGGCGAGCGGGAUGCGUCAAUACACCUCGGAGUUCGAAAAUACGGCGCCGCAACCGUUCGACGACCAUUGGGAGAAGAAACUCACCUCGGUGCAACAAGUCAAAGAGGAAAUGCACAAGUUCAUUGCGGAACAGCUGAACACGAGCCGGGUGCCGUUGUGCAUCAAUCCGCAAUCGGCGGCGUUCAAGAGUUUCGCCAGUUCGACGGUGGCGCAUCCUUCGGAACUGCCCCUCGCCCCACCAGUGGGACUGACCAAGGGGUGACAAGAAUGCCAAAAGAUAACGCCAACGUCACCCCCAUCACCACUCCGACACGCCUUUAUAUAAAUCUCUCUAUUUUUUGUUAAUACACGUUUCCUACUUGACCACGUUGCUAUCGGAGAUUACCAGGAAUCAAGAUUCGGCUUGACGUGUGUGGUCUAUUGUAAAUUAUAAUAGUAAUAGUAGUACAUAGAGAAAACACCAAAUAUUUUUUUUAUUCAGGGAUUCUAUGCAAUGCAAUGGACAAGAAAGAGACAAUCGCGCGCUGCAACUUUUUUUUUUUUUUUAAUUAAUUAGUGUGUUUGUGUCGUUUUGUGUAUAUUUUACUCGCUCACUUUCUAAUUAAUUUUUAUUGUCUUGAGGUUAUAAAGUGACUUGGUCGAAAAUGAAUUAGUUUUAUAGUACCGAGCUAGUGAUACUCACCAACUCCACCUCACCUCCCUCUAAAUGUGUAAUAUUUAGUGAAGCUCAUAAUAGUUGUCCCCCUCCAUGUUAGAUAUGUAAGCAACGGAUAUAAUUUUUGAGGUCGUCACGAUGUCGCGUCAAUGUUUAUUAUUAGAAAAUGGAAAAAAAAUCAAAAAAUUGUAAAAAAGGCGCCUAAAGCAUCUACAUUAUGUGUAAUAAUAAUAAUAAUAAUAAUAAUAAUGCUCGUAUUAUGAAUUACUCUAGGAAGGAUUUUUAUUAAUUCCACUGGGCCUGACAUAUUUUUUUUAAACCUUCCUGCACUAAUCCAUAAUUUAGAUCUAAAAAAUUGGUGAUGCUUAAUUUUUAAGAGGUUAUAACGAGAGUGUAGAUAAAUGUGUACAGAUAUCACUGCCUUGUAGUAGAUUAGAUAGUAAACAAAGUAAGUUUAGAUUUUAUGAGACUGACGAUGAUGAUCUGGCUUAAAAAUUCAAUUAUGAUAUAUAUAGUCGUGCCUUAAAAAUAUUAUUUGUUCAUUUUUCUACAAUUGUUAUCAAACCAUCUUUGUGUGACCAGAGGCUUGUCGAGUUAAAUCGCCAGGCAAUUCUUAAUAAUAAACUCUCUUAAAUGGUUUUAUAUACAUAUAUAUGGUAACGUGCAACCUUUGGGUGAAAGAGAUCUAGUUUGGCAACUUUUCUAAAAAAUGGCCACCUAAAGUUAUGAUAGACAAAGGCUUAAUUUUAACGAGAACAGUAUAUCGAUACCGAAGUAGUGAAUUUUCCGAAGUAUGGAAAAAUAGGGUCUAGCUUCGACACUAAAAAGUGAGGAAACGGUCCUAAAAAAAAGAUGCUUUUAUAGUUAGGUUGGGUUUCUAAUUAAUUCCAGGUACAAUUUAAAUGCAAAUGAGAGUGUUUCACCAUCAGACACAAAAUAGGUAUUCCAUAAAAGGAGCAUACUUGUGGUAUUUUUUUCCUGGAUUGGCCCAAUUUCUUCAUGCCAUUUGUAGGGAAUAAAUUUCUUUUUAUAUCAUGAAAAUUGCCCAAUAAGUUAUCAAGAUAUGAGACUUUUAGACGAGUGAGUGAUUCUUGGUUCUGAGAUGGAUUGUCAUAUUUAAGAAAUAAUUAUUUAUGUGACUUAUUGAGUUUAGAAGUAGAUUUUCUUGGAGAAUUAUUUUACCUAUCCGAAAGGAACAAAUUAAUUGUAUUAUGAAACAAAUUCGAGAAAUAUUUGUAUUAUUCCAGGCACUAACAACGAGGAACAGCCCAAAGAUACUCUUGAUAAAUAAAACAGUUGGUAUAGGGAUUUAUAUCCAAUAACCUCAAACUCAGGACAUCUUGAUCGACAGAAAUGUCUCUAACUCAAAGGGUUUUUGAGGUACAAAAGACGUUGUGGUAUGAAAAUUUUCAGUAAGAAACGGGGUUUCUUUGACCAUAACCCUUCGAAAAAUAUUCUAAUUAUUGCGUAAAAAUGUUCUUAAUAGUCAAUAAUUGCUGAGCAAAAAUAUGUCCUUACUUAAACCUCCUUGAUUACCACAAUCGUUUAGUUAUAACCACGUUUUUGCCCUCAAAUCCAUCUUCAGGGACUCCUUAAUAUUAGUGUAAAAAAUAAUGGAAAUAUUCCAAGUUAGUCCGGAGUUAUACCCAAAAAUGUCUUCAAAAUAAUGAAGAUUUUAAUACAACAUUUAUAUUUCAAAAAUGGAAAUCAAAUUUGGGAACUCUAGGACCUUGAUCGACAAAAAUGCCUCUAAGUCAAAAGGUUCUUGAGGUACAAAAAACGUUUUGGUAUAAAAUUUUUGGGCAAGAAGCGCCCUUUCUUUGCCCAGAUCCCUUUUAAGAAUAUUCCAAUUAGUUCAUAAAAAUAUUUCCAGGAAUGGUGAAAAUGUACUCAGAAACUUGCUGGCCCAACCGGAACUACUAUAAUUAUCCAAAUUCUUAAUCCAGAACUACGCUUUUAUACUUAAAUAUAUCCUCAAGGAUUGCUUUAUAUGGCCUAAAAUGACUUACCCUAAACAAAAGCUUCCACAAAACUUAGGAAUAUUUAUUGAUGACCAUUCAUUUCAAAUUCAGUGAGUUUGUUAGUUUAUGCCAGUUCCCAUGGAAGGCACAAAGCUUUAAUUUUUUUCACUUUAAAAUAUUGAUGCCAAAUUUAAAAAAAAAUGUGCAGUAUGUCAUUUUAGGCUUAUACAUGGGCAAAAUGACAUACACCUUUUUAUAGAAAAUGUUGCAAAUAAAAAAGGUAGAAAUAUUGAAAAAACCUUUAUUAUAAAAUACAAAAAUAUAAUGCUUUAGUCACUUACGAAAAAACAAAUGCCUAUUCAGUUACAAAGUUCGCAAGUAAAAAACUUAGUGCGACGGGAGACCCCUGCGCAUUCUGCGUGACUCCACUUUUUACAUUUUUGACACCGCAGCCAAAGCUCUGGGAAUAAAGGCUGUUGCAACAGAUACACGCGGCAUCUUCAUCAUCGUCUUCAACCUCAGCAAAUGGAUCUUGAUUUUUUUCUUCAUCAUCGGUUUACAAUUUGACCUUUAACCUGGUUACGUUUUGCACGUCGCUCCAAGACUAAACGUUUCUCUUCUUCUUUCGCCUUGAGUUCUUCCAUGUUAGGUGUAGAUGUUAGCACAACCGUUCCCUGUCUUUUCCGAUUUGUUCGUUUAAAAGAUGCUGAUACCUUGGGUAUUGGAAUGAUGCUUUCCACGGAAACCCGGCUACUGUCUAGUAUAUUAUCUUCUUCUUCAUUUGGAGUUAUAUGGGAUGGUCCAGGUCUGUCCCUGUCGGCUUGUGAUGGUGGAGGGGAUGUGUUUAGAUGAGGUCCUUGGUGGCCUCGUGUUUGUAAUUCGGGAUCACUUUUGUUUAGGGAUGGCGAUUGCUAAUGACGCAGCGAACAUCCAGUCGGGAAAAACAUUGGCGUUAAACGGAUGGAUUCCUGUUUUUUUGAACCCACUAACGGCAUUUUCCAUAGUUGCACUGCGUUCAUAGGCUUCAGAAAAUAGCUUUCCUACUUAAAAAGGAGAUACAGUGCGACCUGGAUUAUACUUGAGCCGCUUUGUAAUCGUUUGAUUAUAAUAGGCAGAUAGAGGGCCAAAAAAUGACACAUCCAGGGGUUGUAAUCGGUGUGUGCAGUGCGGAGGAAAGCAAAUCAUUAGACACCAUUUUCUUUAGCCAACGUAAUAACUUCCAAUUGUUUGUGGCUGACGUGACCAUCAAGCAGUAAGAGGGUUUUGUUAUUUUGAGAUGAAUGUGUAAACUUUAUAAAAUGUUUCAGCCACUUACAAAACAGGUCGCCUGUGAUCCAGCCCGAUUCUUGACACAAGCCCAAUGUCCCAGCUGGUGCGUCAUCAAUUAACUCUGGCUUCCAUUUUUUUCGAGAAAAAAUCAGAGCCGGUGGCACAAAAUUACCUAUUGGAUUCAUAGCACAAACUACAGAAGUGUGUGCCCCCCGUUCUGCACUUGUAAUGGCACCAACCUGAUGCUUUCUUCCCUUUGUGGCCAUAAUUCUUUGCGGACGUUGAACCGUAGAAAGCGCAGACUCGUCAACAUUGUAGUAUACGGUCAAAGGUUAUGUUAUGUUCCGCUACUGUAUGUUCCAAUAAAUUGAAAAAUUUUUCAACUUGCGGCUUAUUGAAGCUCAAGUGGCUUCCGGUGCUCUGAGUGAAAUGUCAGGAUUGCGCCCCCUAAAGCCCACAAGCCAAUCCCAGCCAGCCUUUUUCUUAAUCCUGUUAAAUCUAUGGGGUUACUUCUUCCUUUCAGCUAAUUCAAAUGCCAAUUGCCUGACCUCUGUUGUGUUCAGGCCAAACAUGCAUGUUUCCAAUUUCUUAAUAUGUUGCACUAUCUCGCGUUCAAGUUCUGUAGAAAAUGUAGGUCCAUAACGACCCAAGCCUUUUUGAGAACCUUUUAUUCUUUUAUUUUUAUCCUGUGCCCGUAUCCGUCUAAGGGUUGCUUGCGGUACACCAUAUCUUUUAGACGCCGCCAACCAGCCCAGAUCACCGUUUUGGAAUGCUUUAAUAGCUUCGCUCAUGCUUGCCUCACCCCAAUUUUGACGCGUCGAUUUACGCGUAUACUUUCCAACCAUAUUAUCUGAAAUCAUAAAAACAUAGGUAUAGGUUUCAGCCUAAUGCCUAUGUCGUUUUACACCAACACUGUGUAUGUCAUUUUACCCAAAGAAUAAGUGUGUUAGAAAUGACCCAAAUACUUAUUAAAAACACAAAAAAACCGGGGUUAAAUCACAUCAAAAUAAAGAAAAAAGUCAAUUUUUUUACCUGGAUUAACCGUACUUAGGCUUAUUGUACCUCAUCAAGUGAUAUCGAGAAAUUAGGAAACCACAGAACAAUGUUUUCAGGUUCGGAAAAAGUUUUUUUCGGUAUUUCUUAAAAACACGUGUAUUCUGCCCCGCAGAGUAGACUCGACUGAGGUCACAGCUGCCACGUCUCAAAUUAGAGAAGUGGCCGAUAUGCCAUUUUACCCUAGUAUGUCAUUUUAGGCUAGUUUCCCCUACUAGUGUAAAAAAAUUAGGAAAAUAUUACAAGUAGCUUCGAAGUCAUUUGCCAUCUGUUUCAAAGGCCUGAAAUUUGAACAUUUAUUCAACCCAUGUAUAUUUAUGCAAUAACACACCGAAGUACUUGACAUAUUUUAUUUUCACAUUGACAGCUACGUUAUUUACUACAGUUUCCCAUUGUAAUUUCCGUAAGUGUUUUUCUGGUUUAGGUUAAAAGGUAUAAAUGUGGUUUUCUCUAAUCUAAGGAAGAGUAAGCCAGUACCUCAUUUUUAUCAAUGCCAGCUCAGUGUUAGUAAUAGUAUAUUUCCAUUUUUCUUUCUUAUAAAAUAAGUCUUCUAGAAAGUACUGCACAUGGCAAUUUGAAAGGGAGCAGACAAAGAAAAGGAGAUUUAAAGCAAAAGAAGUAAUUGGAUUAAUAGGUAAUAGUUGCUUAUUCCAAAACCGUUCUUUCUGGACUUCUGGACUCAGUAUCUAGAACCUAGAGGAGCAUGAACACAAGAGAAGAUGUGUGUUUAUCCUGCUUAGUGCCAAAAGAAAAAUGAAGACUUAUAAUAUCAAAUUGAGGAUAGAAAAAUGCACAAAUCUAAAAAAAUUCACUUCCAACGUUAUUUACCAAAAUAGCGUCUCCACUAUCCGAACAAAAAAAUCGGACUUCAAAAUUAGAUGCUUUCUCUGAUCGUGGAACAUUCUCUUUUAUGAAUGUCAAAAUUUCCUCUUCCACCAUCUGAAUACUGUUAAAUAUCACACUUUUCAAGACUUUUCUCAUAAUUUUAAAUGUGAUUUUCAGAAAACUAGACCUUUACCAUAAAAUUUUUAAGAGAACCGUUUUCAAUAAAAAAACAACCUAAAUGUAGCCGACAUGUAGAGUCUAUGCAUCAACGUGCAACUUCUUCAACAAAAACUUUCUUGGAUUAAGAAAGAUUUAUUUUUGCAAAGUUGCUUGGUGUUGAAUAGCCUCGGGCCACGUUUACUAUUAGUCCAUAGAAUUUCACUUCAAAUUACCCUUGAUAAUUUCUAAAUUCAUAAUGUGUUCAUAACAAGUUCAACUGAACACAUUCAAAACUUUACUUGUCUACUAGUUCGUAUUUUAACCCAAAAUUCUGUUGUUUACAGUAAGAUUUGUCCCAGACCUACCAAAUUCUAUGGUAACCUUUUAUUUUAUUUAUAAUCUCUUAUUUUAAUUAAAAAAAAACGAAAACUAACCAGUUUUUAACAAAAAAAAACAAACUAUUCAAAGUUCAUCAUCGAUCAGUAUGCUAGUAAACGGUUUAAGACUUUUUUUUUAAUUUAAAGAUAAAGACUGUGAAUAGCUAUUAAAUAUGUAUAAUGUGCAGCUCUGUUUAUGACCCGAUAGAAAAAACACUAAAAAAAAAAUGCCAACCUUCUUCAUCCCCAUCAAAGUAGUUUUAGUGUUCUUAGGUGUGGUUUCUAUAUGUGUGCAAUUAUGGUAAAUAGAGACUGUAAUUAGUGAAUUUUUAUUAAACACGGUGACGAUGAUGAUGAUUUUUUUUAGGUUCAAAUGUACAUAUUUAAUGUGUAGAGUUGCGGUCAGAAAUAAUAUUAUCUACGAGGGAACUUAUAAAUGUAAUAUUAUUUCUAGCCCUAGCUGCAUUAUUAGCGAAUUUUCUGUUUUAAGUCUGUGGUUUUAAUUGUAAGGUGAACUUUUGUGUACAAAAAUUUGUAAUUUUAGCAACGACUGCUGAUAAUUCUGCCAAAAUGCUGCAAUAAAUUGGCAAACCAUUAUUGUUUUUGUAUAUAGAUGAGUGCCUCUUUUAUUCUAUAUAUUUUUUAAACCGUUUUAAGGGCGGACGCAGUAAAGCGGCUACCCUCCUUUCUUUUUGGUUCUCACACUUUUUUAAGAUUUUUGUAAUUAUAUUCCAUUGAAUUUUCCAGCGAUCUCAGUAACAGACAUGUAAAUAUUCGAAGUGUAUUUCUUUGUUUUUUUUUUUCAAUUUAAUGGUCAGUUAAACGAGUUUACUUAUAAGUCUAUAAUACGAAAAUAAACAACAGAAUGUACAAAU